AUGAGAAUUCCAUUGAUUAACCGAAACUCAAUUGAAGGCUGUAAGGAUUACAAGCCUCCAUCAUCUUUUCCAAUUGGUCCAUUUAAAAAAUGGCAUCAUAAUCCAAUAAUGAAACCAGAUCCAAAUGUUGAAUGGGAAAGUAGUUAUUUAUAUAAUGCUACUGCGAUCGUGAUAGAUGAUAAAGUUUUCAUGUUAUAUAGAGCCCAAAAUAAGGACAAACUUUCUUCUGUUGGUAUUGCAUGGUCCGAAGAUGGUAUUAAUUUUGUUAAACAUAAAAAGCCGGUCAUCACCGCUACUGAAUCGUAUGAACAAGGAGGUGGGUGUGAGGAUCCCCGGAUUGUAAGAGAUCCCGUGUCCAAAUUAUUUGUGGUCACCUACACAUCUUAUGAUCGAAUCACUGCAAGAUUAUGUGUUGCGACGCUGGAAGAUUUGUUUCACUGGACCAAACAUGGACCUAUUGUCCCGCCAUAUUGGCAAGAUAUCGCCGUUGCCAGUAAUGGAACAAAUAUGAUUAGAAACAACUGGCUGAAAUCAGGGUCUAUAUUCACUGAAAAGGCACCUGAUGGGAAAUACUAUAUGAUUUGGGGAGAUUCAGAAUUACACCUUGCAGAAUCAGUCGAUUUAGUGAACUGGAAUCUUACAAAUAAUUCUGCCAAUUGGAAUACCUGGGCAAAGGCAAUUUUCACUCGUGAAAAUAAACUUCUUGAAAGUGGUCCUGCACCAGUGAAAAUGGCCGGGAAUGCCAAUCAAUGGAUAUUUGUUUAUAAUGCGGCUACCACAGGUGGUGGUGACCUUCCAAAAAAUGCCUACACCGUCAAUCAAAUGUUGAUUGAUUAUAAUGAUAUUCGUAAAGGACCAGUUGCAAGAUUAGAACAACCUGUUUUGAAACCAGAGCUGGCAAAUGAAAGAGAAGGUCAAGUAAACCAAGUGGUUUUCUGUGAAGGUUUGGUCCAAUUUAAAGGUCAAUGGUUUUUGUAUUUCGGUCAAGGUGACUCUGAGUUGGGGGUUGCUAUUGCCCCAGUAAAUUGA